AUGCAUCUCCAGAUACCUGCCCACCAGCAAAUCCCUCAUUCUUUACAGUCUAACGAUCUCGCUGUCACUUCCAAUGCACGAUAUUCACCUGCCAUUGAUCGUGGAUCACAUCACUCUCCAUCUGUUUCAAAGGAUAGUUAUAAUACGCCUACUUACCACAUGCAAGAUCAAUCGCAUGCUCUUACAAACGCAUCUCAUUUGCAGCAACCUGUGUAUUCAUAUCAUGGAGACCCAUCGCAAGUGUGUAAUCCACAAGCAACUGUUCACACAACGACAGAAUUGUCUAAUUCACAGUACCCAGGACACCAUUUACCCAUGCAGUUGAACAAUAAUUCCUCCGGGGAUAAUGAGAUUCACCAUUCUAGUGAUCAGCAUUCCCAUCACUCCACUGCCUUCCAAGCACCCUCGGUUCCUUAUGAACCACCAGUCAGGAAGCGACGCGGUCGACCCCCAAUCCAUCCAACCUUUGACGUUGGUGCUGGAAAUAUACUUGAUGAAGAUGAGCAUACCCUUUAUGGGGCAAUACGGUCAGGAAGAGUAGCUCCGCAAACGGUAGUAGAUGAUUGGAUCGAGCAGUAUAAGACAAACCGAGAACCUGCUAUUAUUAUUAUCGGUCCCUCGGUUUCCUAA